AUGUACGAUCAAACUGAAGUGGAAUUCCUUGUUAAUUUAAUUAUUAGUACACAAAAAUCAGAAAAAUCAUUUUCUCCUUAUGAAUAUGACUAUCAUUCAUUAAAUACUAUUUCACAAUUUCCUACAGCAUCUACAACACUUUCAUCGCCUGUAUCAUCUUUAAAAUCAUUUUCAAAUUAUCGUCCCCGUCAAAAAAUUCUUAUUUGUGGAUUACCAGAUGAUAUAUCCCCUUGUUUAGACUAUGCAAUGAUAGCGAAACCUGGAAUGAUUGACUAUUCAUCUCUAAUUAUUGCCAGUACUGAUAUUGACGAAUUAAUUGUAAAUUAUUUUGGAAAAAUUAAAAUUCAUCUUGUCAAUUGGGAUGAAACAGACUACGAAGAGAUGUUAAUUGAACGUGUACGACCGAGAUCAGAUAAUUUUGUUAUUCCGUUAGUGAUUGAAUUUCAACCAACUAUUAGACGAAUGAAACGAAUUAGAGAAUUAUUAGAAAAGAAUGGUACAUUAGUAAUACCAAGUGAGAAUCCUGAAUGGCGGAUACGAUAUACAAAUUUAAUGAAUAGUUUUACAGAAAACAAUGGAACACUCAUUAAAUUAGCUGAAAAUGUCUUCGACGCUGGAUUUACACGUCAAAUUGAUCAUUUACUUGGGAGAAGACAUAUGCAUUCACGUAUCUAUUUCGGCUAUGAAAAACCAAUUGAAUCACCACAGAAAUUUAUUGACUAA